ACCUCAUUCGCUUCCGAAGCGCAACAGCAUUGUUGCAACUUUUUUUUCUAUAAUUCCCUUGUGCUGCGCUGCGUAAUUUUUAGUUGAUUCAAAACUCGAGAAUAGUUCGAGGUAAGCAGGUCAUGCUACACAAUAUGCAAACACAAUGCUAACAUCUUUGGGAUCUCUAGUUGUUGUAAGAGUAGAGUUGAAAUCAUGAACGCUCCAGAUAGGUAUGUGAUAUACUCAUGUCGCCUGCCGGUUGCUCCUACCACAGCUGAAGCCUGCUUUCCUGCUUCACAUUCACAUUCACCUUCACUUCUCGAUAUGCUCUAGCGAUGCACCAAAACUCGCGAUACCUCGCCAGCUCAAUGUCUCAACCCCGUACAGAGCUCGCAGCUUUCCACAACACCAACCCUCCUCUCCGUACCGCGCAACAAAGAAACAUCUUGAACUACAACCGCCAACAUGAUCAUCACUGACGAGGAACAAAGAUUCGAACUCUUCCUCCUAGGAGAUGACGAGAAGAAGUGUUUCGAGACAGCAGAUACCCGUUCGUCCUUGCCUUCCAUGCGCCCUCGAAGCCGAGGAACCAUAAUAACCAUCGCGCGCAGGAACUCCCAACUCCUCCGUCUUUACCUUCAACAAGGAGGAUCACACACUAGCCAACAUGCUCCGAGCCCACCUUUUGAAGGAUCCCCACAUCAUCUUCUCCGGCUACAAAGGUGCGCUCUUCUCGCGCCGCCCAUCUGCGCAAUAACUAACAACCCAUCCAGUCCCCCACCCUCUCUUCGCAAAGUUCGAGCUACGAAUCCAAACCGAUGGCGAAGUAACGCCCAAAGAAGCACUCCUCAACUGCUGCAAAUCCCUCGUCACCGAUCUCGCAAUCCUCAGUCGUGAGUUCACAAAGGAGUACGAGCUGCGAAAGAUGGUUGGUGGAGACUCUAGCGGCGAGAAAUAAAUGCAAAUGCGCGCACUCGAUCUGGACGUUUGACUGGAGUUUGGAGGUUGCAUCACUUUGGGCGUUUUUUAAUGGGGAAAAUUGAAUUUACAUUUAUACAUUGACUGGGAGGUUGGGGAAAUUAGGGAUCGCGUAGUCGUUGCUAGAUGUGUGCUCGAGUGGCAUGCUUGUAAUGAGAUUUUAUUUCAUCUAUGAAAUUGGGUA